AUGGCGGACAACCGUCGAUGGUUCAACAUGCGAGCACCGAAGCCUCCUGGACCUGGUCGGAUCCGGGAGGACGAGGAGGGAGUUGAUCCUCCGGAGCAGGAAAUGGAUCCUGCGUCCGACAUUACUAAGCAGAAAGUGGCUGCUGCGAAGAACUACAUUGAGCAGCAUUACCGGAACCAGAUGAAGACGAUUCAAGAACGCAAGGAUAGGCGGAACGAGCUGGAGCGGAAGCUGGAGGAGGAGGACGUGCCGGAGGAGGAGCAGCAGCGCAUCAUGCAGGAGCUGGAGCGGCGCGAGACGGAGUUCCGCCGCCUGCAGCGCCACAAGAUGAGCGUCGACGACUUCGAACUGCUUACUAUUAUUGGGCGAGGGGCCUUCGGGGAGGUGCGCAUCUGUCGGGAGAAGAAGACGGGCAGUGUGUACGCCAUGAAGAAGCUCAAGAAGGCAGAGAUGCUUCGGCGCGGCCAGGUGGAGCACGUGAAAGCAGAGAGAAACCUCCUGGCCGAGGUGGAGAGCAAGUGCAUCGUGCAGCUCUACUGCUCGUUCCAGGACGACGAAUUUCUGUACCUGGUGAUGGAGUACCUGCCGGGCGGCGACAUGAUGACGCUGCUCAUGCGCAAGGACACGCUCACUGAGGAUGAGGCGCGCUUCUACGUGGGCGAGACGGUGCUGGCGAUCGAGAGCAUCCACAAGCACAACUACGUGCACAGGGACAUCAAGCCGGACAACCUGCUGCUGGACCGCCACGGGCACAUGAAGCUGUCGGACUUCGGGCUGUGCAAGCCCCUCGACACCAGCACCUUCCCCGCCGUCGACGUCGAGGAGGCCGCUGCCAUGCUCUCCAACGCGUCUCUAAACGACAACCAACAGGGGUCAGGCAGGAGCCAGGCGGAACAGCUGCAGAACUGGCAGAAGAACCGUCGUACGCUGGCCUACUCCACGGUGGGUACCCCUGACUACAUCGCACCUGAAGUGCUGCUCAAGAAGGGAUACAGCCUGGAGUGUGAUUGGUGGAGCAUGGGAGCCAUCAUGUACGAGAUGCUCAUCGGCUACCCGCCUUUCUAUUCUGACGACCCCAUGACAACCUGUCGCAAGAUUGUGAACUGGCGCACGCACCUCAAGUUCCCCGAGGAGGUGAUCAUCUCCCGGGAGGCCAGGGACCUCAUCUGCCGCCUGCUGUGCGACGUGGAGCACCGGCUGGGCACCAGGAGCGUCGGCGACAUCAAGAACCACCCGUGGUUCCGCGGCCUCCCCUGGGACCGCCUGUACAAGAUGGAGGCGGCUUUCCUUCCAGAGGUCAACGACGAGCUCGACACACAGAACUUUGAGAAGUUCGAUGAGGUCGUUGAGGCCAGUGGAGCACAGAAGGCAGGCCCCUGGAAGAAGAUGCUGCCAUCCAAGGACAUCAAUUUCGUCGGCUACACCUACCGCAACAUGGAAAUCGUGCAGGAGACGCAUUCCCCUCUCGGUGGCGCGUUGGAGCUGAAGAAGAAGAGCAAGGGGAAGAAGCCAGGCCUCAACUCCCUCUUUGCAGUCCCGCCUCCCAUCAUCCUUCCCCCACCUCCUCUUUCUCUCCUUCCCGUCUUCCCCUCUUUCCCUCCCCCCCACACACAGACGCCCCAGACGCCCCAACCGCAUCUGGAGGAGGGGACCCCCACGAUAGCCACUCCCACGGCUCUGGCAGCAGGGCAGCAGUUCAGUCACCUCCCCUCCCCCUCCCAAUCCCCUCCUUUCUCCCGCGAAAACACAGACGCCCCAGCGGCAUCUGGAGGGGGAGACGCACACGACAGCCACUCCCACGGCUCUGGAAGCAGGGCAGCACAUGGGGGACAGGGAGGGGGCGGGGGGAGAGGGGGAGGGGAUUACGGGAGGGAUGAUGGGUAUGACGAUAGGGCUCGCCUCGCUUUGCACGUCAUCAGCUUCACGCUCACCCUCUGCUGGCCUCACCUGCUGCUCGCGCUCUGGGCGAAUGUCGAAUUCGCCUCAGAGGCUGCGCUCCGUGAGGCUGUCGCCUCGCUGCUCGCCUCCCACUGGUUGCUGUUUUGUCGGCAACUCACUCUCCCAUUCAUCGAGCAGGCCAAAUUGCCACCAUUGAAUGGCCGCGCUGCCAUGAAUGCGGGGAGCCAGUCGUCAAACCAUUUUCACAGACCCAUUUCCCCUCCCUCUUCUCUCAUUUCCCCACCUUCCCUCUUUCUUUUCCACCACUACUCCUCAUACCCCCCUUCUCUCCCUCCUAUUUUCCGCCCUUCCUCCUCUCAUUUCCCCCCCCCCUGCUUCCUCGAUGUUUUCCCCACUGCUCCUCCACACAUCCCCCCUCUUCUCCCUCUCAUUUCCCCCCUUUAUCCAUCUCUGCUUCCCCUCGUUCCCCUCUCUACUUCCCCUUGUUUCCUCCUCUGCUUCCACUCGUUUCCCCCUCUCCUUCCCCUUGUUUCCCCCUCUGCUCCCCCUCGUUUCCCCCCCCCCCUUCCCCUUGUUUCCCCCUCUGCUCCCCCUCGUUACCCCCUCUCCUUCCCCUUAUUUCCCCCUCCCCUUCCCCUCGUUACCCCCUCUCUUUCCCCUUUCCCCAUCUGCUUCCCCUCGUUCCACCCUCUCCUUCCCCUUAUUUCCCCCUCUGCUUCCCCUCGUUCCCCCCUCUCCUUCCCCUUAUUUCCCCCCCUGCUCCCCCUCGUUCCCCCCUCUCAUUCCCCUUAUUUCCCCCUCUCCUUCCCCUCGUUCCCCCCUCUCCUUCCCCUUGUUUCCCCCCCUGAUCCCCCUCUUUCCCCCCUCUCCUUCCCCUUGUUUCUCCCUCUGCCUCCCCUCGUUCCCCCCUCUCCUCUUCCGUGUUUCCCCAUCUGCUCCCCCUCGUUCCCCCCUCUACUUCCCCUUGUUUCCCCCUCUGCUCCCCCUCGUUCCCGCCUCUCCUUCCCCUUGUAUCCCCCUCUGCUCCCACUCGUUCCCCCCUCUCCUUCCCCUUGUUUCCCCCUCUGCUUCCCCUCGUUCCCCCCUCUCCUUCCCCUUGUUUCCCCCCCUGAUCCCCCUCUUUCCCCCCUCUCCUUCCCCUUGUUUCCCCCUCUGCAUUCCCUAGUUCCACCCUCUCCUUCCCCUUAUUUCUCUCUCUGCUUCCCCUCGCUCGUUCCCCCCUCUCCUUCCCCCUAUUUUCCCCUCUGCUUCCCCUCCUUUCCCAUAUGCUUCUUCACAUAUCCGCCCUCUUCCGCCCCUCUUUUUAUCAUCUCCCCUCCCUUCCACCGCCUCACCGCAGCCUAG